ACCCAAGCGAGAGGGAGGAAGCGGAGGCUCGGAACGCAAAGCACUGUGGUUGGUUUUCGAGGUGCACUGUGGGAAAAAAGCGUCGCCGUCGUUUUCUUGUUAGAGAUUUGGUACUUGCUGGUGUUGAGAGACUGAGACAAAAUGCCGGAGCGAGAUAGUGAGCCGUUCUCCAAUCCUUUGGCUCCAGAUGGCCACGAUGUGGAUGAUCCUCACUCCUUCCAUCAAUCCAAACUUACAAAUGAAGACUUUAGAAAACUUCUCAUGACUCCAAGGGCUGCACCUACUUCUGCACCACCUUCUAAGUCACGUCAUCAUGAGAUGCCAAGAGAGUACAAUGAGGAUGAAGACCCAGCUGCACGAAGGAGGAAAAAGAAAAGUUACUAUGCCAAACUACGCCAACAAGAAAUUGAGAGAGAGAGAGAACUAGCGGAGAAAUACCGGGACCGUGCCAAGGAACGGAGAGAUGGUGUGAACAAAGAUUAUGAGGAAACUGAGCUUAUUAGCACCACAGCUAAUUACAGGGCUGUGGGCCCUACUGCUGAAGCGGAUAAAUCAGCUGCAGAAAAGAGAAGACAGUUGAUUCAAGAGUCCAAAUUCUUGGGUGGUGACAUGGAACACACCCAUUUGGUGAAAGGCUUGGAUUUUGCUCUGCUUCAGAAGGUACGAGCUGAGAUUGCUAGCAAAGAGAAGGAGGAAGAAGAACUGAUGGAGAAGCCCCAGAAGGAAACCAAGAAAGAUGAGGAUCCUGAAAACAAAAUUGAAUUUAAAACACGUCUGGGAUUUGGGAGGCUGAGGCAGGAGGAUCACCAUGAAUUCGAGGCCAGUCUGGGCUACAUAAGCCGCAAUGUUUACCGUAUGCUUUUUAAGAGCAAAGCGUAUGAGCGCAAUGAGCUGUUCCUGCCGGGUCGAAUGGCCUAUGUGGUAGACCUGGAUGAUGAGUAUGCAGACACAGACAUCCCCACUACUCUUAUCCGAAGCAAGGCUGACUGUCCUACUAUGGAGGCUCAGACUACACUGACUACAAAUGACAUUGUCAUCAGCAAGCUCACUCAGAUUCUUUCCUACCUGAGACAGGGUACCCGUAACAAGAAACUCAAAAAGAAGGAUAAAGGGAAACUAGAAGAGAAGAAACCACCUGAAGCUGACAUGAACAUUUUUGAAGACAUUGGGGAUUAUGUUCCCUCCACAACCAAGACACCUCGGGACAAGGAGCGAGAGAGAUACCGGGAACGGGAGCGUGAUCGGGAGAGAGACAGAGACCGGGACCGAGAACGGGAACGAGAACGGGAUCGGGAGCGGGAGCAGGACCGAGAGAGAGAGGAGGAAAAGAAGAGGCAUAGCUACUUUGAGAAGCCCAAAGUGGAUGAUGAGCCCAUGGACGUUGACAAAGGACCUGGAUCUGCCAAGGAGUUGAUCAAGUCCAUCAAUGAAAAGUUUGCUGGGUCUGCUGGCUGGGAAGGCACUGAAUCGCUGAAGAAGCCGGAAGACAAAAAGCAGCUGGGCGAUUUCUUUGGCAUGUCCAAUAGUUAUGCAGAGUGCUAUCCAGCCACGAUGGAUGAUAUGGCUGUGGAUAGUGAUGAGGAAGUGGAUUAUAGCAAAAUGGACCAGGGUAACAAAAAGGGCCCCUUAGGCCGCUGGGAUUUCGAUACACAGGAGGAGUACAGCGAAUACAUGAACAACAAGGAGGCUUUGCCGAAGGCUGCAUUCCAGUAUGGCAUCAAGAUGUCUGAAGGACGAAAAACCAGACGCUUCAAGGAAACUAAUGACAAGGCAGAACUUGAUCGCCAGUGGAAGAAGAUUAGUGCAAUCAUUGAGAAGAGGAAGAAGAUGGAAGCUGAUGGGGUUGAAGUGAAAAGACCAAAAUACUAAUCUCUACUGGAGAGUCUCCACAUGGAUAUUGUUUCUACUACUUUCUUCCUGUAAUUCCUACUAAUGUUACAAUGUGGAGUUUUUUGUGUGUUUGUGAAUGUAUAUAAAAUUUUAUUGUAUUAUCAUUUGGUUCCAUUAAAAUUGGUUAACCUGC